AUGUGGUUUGCGAGAUUAUUAGCAUCAGGUCCUGUUGGUAAGUUUUUUUGUUGUUGUUGUUGCUUUAGAUUCGGUCGCUCAAUGGUCUUUACUCAAAGAAAGACACUUGUGUUUCAUUGCCGCGCAAUGUUUUGAGAAACUUGGACGCUGUUACUUUAACACAAGUGCUUUUUUUCGUUUUGGACAGCUGGCUAAUGUGAAUGUUUCGGUGAUAUUUAUGUCGGACUGUUUAUAUCGCUAUUUGACUAUAAAAACAAAACGCAUCAAUCGUGUUGCGAAGAAGAAUUUAUUUUUUGGUUCUUAUAAAGAAAAAGCUAGAAUUAUUUUAUUGCUUUAAUCGUAGAACGCUUUGUUCCGCGUGUUUGGAAAAGGAUAAGAUUACUAUUUAGCUUUUAGGUAUAGCUAGCUUUAAAACUCUCCUUUUAUGGUUGCCUCAAUAUAUAUUGAAGUAGAUCGCUUCAAAUCGAUAGCUUAAUGUCGGCUUUGAUUUAUAUGAGUUUUGGCUAUAAUCUAGAAGGAGUUUUAAGCUAUAAAUUUUAGCUCAACGAUAUGUUCGUCUUCUGACCCUUCCUAUAGCCAUUGUCGUAGGCACGAUUGGUUAUGCGAUUGAAUCAAGGGUUUCAACGCCAAAGAAGAUCGAUUAUUUGGAGGAAUCUGUUGUGGACAGGAGGUUACGACGACAGUUGGGAAUAUCUGAGGGCGAUAUUACACUAGAUCGACAGAAAUUGGCGCCGGAAACGUUGAAAAUCAACAGAUCAUGA